AUGUCCUUUAGUGGCAACGAGAGACAGUCUUCUUCGUCGACGACAGCUCCUACUCUGCCCUUCAACAGCUCCACCUCUCCACAUUCCCCACCAUGGGAGGUGGGAAAACCCACUCCUGAGCCUGUGCAGGAGUGGUUGGAGAAUCAGACCCUGCUCCUGUCAGACCUCGCUGUUCUCGGGCAUGAUGAGCAGUGCCCUAUGUCUUCUGUCCUCACAGCGUGCAUAGUGAUGUGGUACAGCAUGACAAUGGUGCUGGGGCUGGUGGGGAACAUCGGCCUCAUCUGCAUCAUCGCCCGUCGCAGAGAAAAAGUCAAUGUCACCGGCAUUUUCAUCUGCAACCUGUCAUUCUCUGAUAUCCUAGUGUGUGUCUUCUGCCUCCCGUUUACUGUCAUUUACACGCUAAUGGACCAUUGGGUGUUUGGGUCGCUGCUAUGCCGGCUGGUGCCGUUUAUCCAGUGUGCGUCUGUGACUGUGUCUGUGCUGUCUCUGGUGUUCAUUGCACUGGAAAGACAUCAGCUCAUCAUUAACCCCUCUGGCUGGAAACCAAGCAUUUCUCAGGCCUACCUGGUGGUGGUUCUCAUCUGGAUUCUGGCCUGCUUCACCUCCUCACCUUUCUUGGCCUUUCAGCUACUCACGAGUGAGCCCUACAUCAAUGUCAUCCUGCCCCAGUCUCCCCUCCAUCAUCAACCCCACCCUCAGGCUUAUCUAAAUGCAUCUCAACCUGUUUACUUCACAUACAAAAACUCAUCUGCACUUUCAAAUUCAUACCACACACUUUUUUCUUAUGUCCCCACCUCUCCACAUAUGGAGGCCUGUCUGGAGCACUGGCCUUCUCAGCAACACAGGCUUGCUUACAUCACAUGGCUCCUUCUGUUCCAAUACUGUGGUCCACUAUUGUUGGUCCUGCUAUGUUAUGUUAGAGUUUUUGUGCGCCUUCGCCACCGCAAAGACAUGCUGGACCGCGCCAGAACACCAGAGUGCCAGAGCAUGACUCACAGCCGCCGUAUCAACAUCAUGCUGGUCGCCCUCAUUACAGCCUUUGCUCUAUGCUGGCUGCCGCUCACCAUCUUCAAUGUGGUUUCAGACUGGAACCAGGAUGCUCUGCCCAUCUGCCACCACAACCUGCUGUUCUCCCUCUGCCACCUGCUGGCCAUGUCCUCCACCUGCAUUAACCCCAUCAUCUAUGGCUUCUUAAACUCCAACUUUCGGCAGGAGGUGAGAGAGGUGCUCCUGCACUGCCGCUGCAUUCAGCUAGAGGAAGAGUGUGAGCGCUUUCCCAUGUCCACUGUGCACAUGGAGAUGUCCCGCACCUCUGUGCCUCUCAGCUGCAGGAGCAACUCUGUCUAA